CCAACGCUUCUUCGAUCGGACGGUCACCGACCUCCCUUUCUUCCUCACUCUCGAGCCGACUGAUUGUCCCCCGGCGUCUCGUCGCCACCGCUCCUCCGCACAUUUCGAUGUGAUGGACAUGGGGUACGACUUCAUUCUCGGUACUCCGUGGUCUCAUCGGUUACGCAGCACGGAGGCCGAUUGGGCGACCAACACUCUCAUUCUCAAAACGAAGUGUGGACAGACGUAUCGCGUACCUUUCAUAGGUACCACUGCGACCCCACGCCCCGAUCCUCCUCCCCCGAAGCCUUCUGCGCCCACACCAUCUCCUUCUAUCACUGUCACCUCGUCUCGACAGUUCGCCCACUUCAUCCGACAGGACGACGUCACCUUCUUUAUGGUGAACGUGACGGAUCUCUUACACUAUGAUCCACCCUGUCCCGACGUCGAGCUCAUCCCUCUGGAGCAAGAUCCUCCUUCUAUCUCCAUGGCUCCCAUCUCUACUUCCCACCCUCCGUCGUCCGUUGAGCCCACCCCGCCGUCGCGCGCUGACGUUGACGCUGAGGAACUCGCACGAUAUACGACCGACUUGGAGCCCGCAGUUCGUGAUCUCAUUCGAGAGUACCACGACGUUUUCCCAUCGUCGUUCUCGUACGCCGGCAUCCCACCGAUGCGCGACAUCGAGCACUCCAUCUUGCUUGUGCUUGACUAUCGUGUUCACCACCAGACACCCUACAAACUCUCGAUCCCUGAGGUCACCGAACUCGAGCGUCAGCUUGAGGAGCUCCUAAGACUGGGUUUCAUUAAACCCAACAACUCCCCGUGGGGUGCACCCAUCCUCUUUGCUCACAAAGCGGAUGGAACUCUCUGUCUUUGCAUUGACUAUCGCGGCCUCAACCGCUACACGGUUAAGAACAGCUACCCCAUGCCUCGUUCCGACGAGCUGUUCGACCGCCUAGCAGGCAACCGCUUCUUUACGAAGAUUGAUCUUCGUAGCGGUUACCAUCAGAUCCGCGUCGCUGCAGCGGACCAGCCGAAGACAGCGUUCCGAUCGCGCUUCGGCCACUACGAGUUUACGGUGAUGCCAUUCGGCCUCACCAACGCACCUGCUACCUUCCAGAAGGCGAUGAACGACAUCUUCAGGGACAUCCUGGAGCAGUACGUUCUCGUAUACCUCGACGAUAUUCUGGUCUACAGUCGUACCCUUGAGAAACACCUCAGACACCUCCGCGACGUCCUUAACCGCUUGCGCAGACAUGGCUUCUACGCCAAGCUGAGCAAGUGCCGCUUUGCCCAGCACAAAGUGGAUUUCUUAGGACACUACGUGUCUGACCAGGGUCUCCACACGGACGACGCGAAGAUCAUUGUUAUCGCGGAGUGGCCCGUCCCCACAUCCGCCAAGCAGCUUCGCAUCUUCCUAGGCCUUACCAGCUACUGUGGUAAUUUCAUCCAGAGAUACGCUAGGUAUUCCAACGUCCUUACCUCCACCCUCCUCCGGAAGAACCCGCCCUGGGCUUGGACACCCCUCCACGCGGACGCCUUCCGCGACCUCAAGAAGGCGGUGACAUGCGCACCGGUUCUUCACCUACCUGAUUUUGAUCGCCCUUUUUUGCUUACCACCGAUGGGUCAGACUUUGCUGUAGGAGCAAUGCUUUCUCAGAUCUUCCCCUCCUCCCCUGAUUCCUCUCAUCCUCGUAUCCCUCGCUUCCCACCACCUACCCCUACCAUUGCUUCCCGACUGACGCCUACUCCUCCAGCUACUGAUGAGCCUUCCAUUGACUAUUCUUCUACCAUCGCCGAGGACGGCACUGUCGAGUCUCGCUCAGGUGAUUGUCCGAUAGCCUUCUACUCCCGUCAGCUCCUGCCCGCUGAGAUAAACUACACCGUUGAUGAACGUGAGUCGAAGCUCACUCCUCGACAGGCUCGCUGGUGGCGCGACCUAUCCGAGUUUAGUUUCACAACUGAGCACAUCAAGGGUGAAACUAAUCAAGUCGCAGAUGCCUUAUCCUCGCGCCCUGACCACAACCAGGAGCAGAUUCAGCUCUCUUCCAUCUCGGUCACCACCGUCCACCACUCGGUGAUCGGCAAGUUUCGCACUCAGUACCGCCACUGCCCCGACUAUCGCGACAUCCACGCGACCCUUCGGAGUGGCAAGACCGUCCCGAACUACUCUCUCGGGGACAACAGUCUUGUGUACUGGCAUGGUUCACAGGGCACCGGAGAGCCCCGUCUUUGCGUUCCCUCCACUGGACAGCUACGUGUCUGGGCAGUAGGAGAGUUCCAUGACCAGGCAGCCGUCGGUCAUACGGGCUUCUACAAGACGUUGGCUCGUGUGAGCCGCCUGUACGUCUGGCCGAAGCGCAAGGACUUUGUGAAGGACUACGUUGUCGAGUGUCCCACCUGUCAUGAGGUGAACAGUGCGAACCACUUGCCUUAUGGUUUGCUCCAGCCUCUUCCUAUCCCUGAGGGUCGUUGGCAGUCCAUCUCGAUGGACUUUAUCGGUCCUCUUCGUCCCCCAACCCCCCGCGGUCAUGAUGCUCUCCUGGUCGUCGUCAAUCGCUUCACGAAGCGUGCACGCUUCGUUCCGUGCCGCUAUGCCAUCAGUGCACGUGAGGUCGCCGACAUUGUGUUCGACCGAGUCAUGCGUGACCACGGCUUACCUCUGAGCAUAUCUGACUGUGACCCUCGCUUUACCAGCCGAUUUUGGCGACGGCUGCACGAGGUAUACGGCACCGAGCUCCGCUUCUCCUCGUCUUACCAUCCUCAGACUGAUGGUCAGACCGAGGUCAUGAACAUGACUCUUGGAGAUAUUCUCCGAAAGAUUGUUCAUGACGACCAACAGUGAGAUCUCCAUCUUGCCCACGCGGAGAUAGCCUACAACCACGCCGUCUCGCCAGCCACGGGGAUGUCGCCUUACUAUUGCGA